ACCAGAGAACAUAUUUAUGUGAUCAUGUGUUCGAACUAGAAUAUAAAGGGAAGAAGGAGGCAGGCAGAGACUGAAAGCUUAUUUGCAUUUAUGUCCACUUUCAUUUACUGACCAGUAGAUGGCGAAAUAUGAAGCUUAUAUGGCUUAAAUCAUUCUGUAAUCACUGGCUAAAUUAAUUGCUAAAUUGUGUUUGCAAGGAAAAAAACAGCCAAAGAACGGCACAGAACAGUAUACCUUUUUGUGUUGAAAGUUAAUAUUUUGGAAGACUGCCAGUAGGGUGUCUUACUUUUUUUUUUCUUCUUUGCCUAUAAACAGAAAGUGAAAGACUGUUGGAAUUCCCCUUCGACCUGUUUAGACUGCCGAGAAAUGAAAACUAACAUUUUGUCUUUCUUCGCACAAAGAAGUGGGUAAAAUAGCGUGUGCUGGUCUCCAGUUUGUCCAUCUGUGGGAGUUGUCCUGAAGGAUUUCAGCCAUGAACGUUCCAAAGUGUCCCAGUUGUCAUCAGUCUGAUGUUGGAGUUGUGGAUGGUCAGCGUGCGGUCUGCAGGUCUUGCUCUAAAACUAAGAGGUCUGUGUUUCAGUUCUGCUGGGCGUGUCAGAGAGAGUGGCCACGCGACACUCCGACCACCAGUUCCUGCACGUUGCCGAACUGUGCGCUCCGUGCUGCCCUCCUCAGCGACACAAAAAUCACUAACUCAAGCAGCUCGGUGAGAGGAUGUCCAUACUUCAGAGCCUGUCCAGUUUGCAAGGCCCUGCUUACACACACCGGAAUAGGCUGUCCCAAGAUCACCUGCCCCCACUGUAAAAUAAACUUCUGCUUCCGCUGCCUCCGUCAGCAGUGCUUUGGGUUGGGGUUGGUGAAUAUUGAAGCCCUUGUGUUUCUUACCCGUAGACUGAACGUCUAUGAAGAUAUUGAUGUAAUGCCAUGUAGAAUUGUGGACAACAAGCAGAGUCUCACAGUUUUAGGACUAUAAUGAAAAUGUUUUGGUCAUAAAAACUGACAUAACACUAAAA